UGCGCAGCAACAGCAGCUUCUCCAGCUCUGCGCCGCGUUUCCGCCUUGGCUGAGCCAAACGCGGCGCACACUGUCCGAGAGGGGCGGGGAGUAAAAAACAGAGACGCAGUGGUGGUGGAGCUGGGACGCAGUGAGAACGGAUUCGAGCAAAUUAUACGCCAACCUCCACUGUUAUCCUCCCCCUUAGAGAGGCGACCUGUGCGCUGCGCCUUCCCAGCAUGGACACUGCGCUAAAGGAGAUGCUCUAUGAUAUGACGCUCACAGGGGAAAUCAGGGGAGACAGAGCGCGCGGGUGCGCGCGCGAGUAAGAAAGUGGGCUGCACUCAUCUUUCUUUCUUUUUUUUUUUUUGCGGGUGAUUUCAAAUCUGAGCUGCGCGGCGUGAAGAUGAAGAAGUUCAACAUCAGGAAGGUGCUGGACGGUUUGAAAGAGGCGUCUUCCUCCUCCUCCUCUUCCUCCUCCACGCCGUCUGUCCAAGUAGGGCCCCAGGAGAACAACCUGAUCCAGGAGACUCUUCAAUCCGAGCAUUUCCAGCUCUGCAAGACUGUUCGUCAUGGCUUCCCCUAUCAGCCGUCAUCCAUGGCUUUCGAUCCCGUGCAAAAGAUCCUGGCCAUCGGUACCCAGAGUGGAGCUCUCAGAUUAUUUGGUCGCCCUGGUGUUGAGUGCUACUGUCAGCAUGAAGGUGGAGCAGCUGUUAUCCAGCUGCAGUUUCUCAUUAAUGAGGGAGCAUUGGUGAGCGCUUUGGCAGAUGACAGCAUCCACUUGUGGAACCUGAGGCAGAAGAGACCAGCUGUCCUCCAUUCCCUCAAGUUCAACAGAGAGAGAAUAACUUUCUGCCACCUGCCGUUCCAGAGUAAAUGGCUGUACAUUGGUACAGAACGAGGGAACAUCCACAUUGUGAACGUGGAGUCCUUCAUGCUCUCAGGCUACGUCAUCAUGUGGAACAAAGCCAUUGAACUUUCCUCCAAGACCCACCCUGGGCCAGUUGUCCACAUAAGUGAUAACCCUAUGGAUGAGGGAAAGCUUAUAAUUGGAUAUGAGUCUGGAAUCGUGGUCCUGUGGGAUUUGAAAUCCAAGAAGGCAGACUACCGCUACACUUAUGACGAGGCUAUCCAUUCAGUUGCAUGGCAUCAUGAGGGCAAGCAGUUUAUUUGCAGUCACUCAGAUGGAACUCUGACCAUAUGGAACAUCAGAGGCCAAGGAAAACCCAUACAGACAAUCACACCACAUGGAAAACAGCCCAAGGAUGGAAAGAAGCCAGAGCCGUGUAAACCCAUUCUUAAAGUGGAAUAUAAAACAACAAGAAACGGGGACCCUUUUAUCAUAUUCUCUGGAGGUCUGUCCUAUGACACGGUAGGACGGAGGCCAUGUCUGACAGUUAUGCAUGGAAAAAGUAUUGCUGUGCUGGAGAUGGAUUAUCCCAUAGUAGACUUUCUAACACUAUGUGAGACACCAUAUCCUAAUGAUUUUCAGGAGCCUUAUGCUGUGGUGGUCCUUUUAGAAAAAGAUUUAGUGGUGAUUGACCUUUCACAAAAUGGUUACCCCAUAUUUGAUAACCCAUAUCCUCUAACAAUCCAUGAGUCUCCUGUAACCUGCUGUGAGUACUUUGCCGACUGCCCUGUGGACCUCAUUCCUGCACUUUACUCUGUUGGCUCGCGGCAAAAACGACAGGGUUACAGCAAAAAGGAGUGGCCCAUAAGUGGUGGAAACUGGGGACAGGGCACACAAAGCUUCUCUGAGAUCAUCAUCACCGGGCAUGCUGACGGAACGGUGAAGUUCUGGGAUGCCUCUGCAAUAAUGCUCCAGGUCCUCUAUAAGCUAAAAACAGCCAAGAUUUUUGACAGGAACCGAUCCAAGGAAGACAAGGGUAGCAGUGAGGUUUCAGACGAAGAUCCUUUUGCCAUUCAGAUUAUGGCCUGGUGCCCCGAGAGCAGGAUGCUUUGUGUGGCUGGGGUGUCAGCCAAUGUUAUCAUCUACCGCUUCAGCAAGCUGGAAGUAACCACUGAGGUGGUUCAGUUACUAGAGGUGCGAAUGCAGUACGAGCUGAACGAAAUGGAGUCUCCAGAUGGUGGAGGUGGUGAGCAAACAUCGGCACAUCCCACCCCUGGUGCCUCCCCUCAGACGAGCGGCCCACCUUCCCAUCCUUCCACCAGCAGCAACAACUCUGACGGAGGCAACAUACCCUGCCUUAAAGUGCGAAGUAGUCCUCUGAAGCAAUCUCCAGGCUACCAGGUGGAUUUGGUGGUCCAGUCUGUGUGGGUGAGUGGAGAGCCUCCUCAGCAGAUCACAAGUCUGGUGCUGAAUUCAUCCUAUGGCCUAGUGGUGUUUGGCAAUAGCAAUGGCCUAGCAGUGGUGGACUACAUCCAGAAAACUGUGGUCCUUAACCUGGGAACGGUGGAGCUUUACGGAUCCAAUGAUCCCUACCAGAGACAGCCUCGGUCGCCAAGAAAAACACGGCAGCCUUCUGGAGGUUUGUGUGACAUUAACGAGUACUCGGCCACAUCUGAGGACCGCUGCAAGUCUCCAACUUCAGUGUUGAUGUCACACAGCAAUCUUCAACAGUUCUACAAUGGAGGUGGUAGAGGAGCAAAGAUGUCACGGAAAUUAAGCUUGCCUACUGAGCUAAAGCCAGACUUGGUCCUUCUUUCUGUGUGCCCGCCGCGGGGUGCCAACCCGUUAGACCACCGGGACAACUCCUUCAGCCGCUCACGCUCCUCCAGCGUCACCAGCAUCGACAAAGAAGCCCGGGAAGCUAUAAGUUCCUUUCUAUUCUGCGAGACUUUUGCCCGUAAGGGGGACUGCACUUUGACACCUUGCCUCUAUGUGGGCACUUCACUUGGGACUGUGUUGGUUCUGGCUAUCACUUUGCCAUCUGCUGGGGAGCAGCGGCAACUGCAACCAGUUAUAAUUUCCCCUACGGGUAUGUUGGUGCGGCUUAAGGGAAGCAUCAUGCGGAUCUCUUUUCUGGACUCCACUGGUUUAUUGCUUGCUCCUGCAUUUGAACCCUGGUAUGAGCCCAACAUCACAGCAGAUGGUGAAGAAAGAGAGAAGAUCCGAAAGCGGCGGCCUGUCUCUGUUUCACCUUCCACCUCGCAGGAGCUAAAUGAGAGCCAGUUUGCUGUGGUGUGCUCCGAGAAGCAGGCCAAAGUCAUGUCCCUUCCUUCCCAGACUUGCAUCUACAAACACAGUAUCACAGAAAAUUCUUUUAUCUUACGGGCAGACAUUGUGCAGAUGAACCAGGGAGUGUGCUUGGCUUGUUUUUGUGCCAAUGGUCACAUAAUGACACUCAGUGUGCCAGGACUGAGACCGCUCAUGGAUGUAAACUACCUACCUUUGACAGACAUGCGGAUAGCUAGGACGUUCUGCUUCACAAACCUAGGCCAAGCCAUGUACCUCUGCUCACCUACUGAGAUUCAGAGGAUAACUUACAGUCAAGAAACUUGUGAAAAUCUACAGGAGAUGUUGGGUGAACUUUUUACACCAGUGGAAACACCAGAGGCACCAAAUAGAGGUUUUUUUAAAGGCCUCUUUGGAGGAGGAGCACAGUCACUUGACAGGGAAGAACUAUUUGGCGAGGUGGCAGCUGGGAAGGCAUCUCGAAGUCUGGCUCAGCACAUCCCCGGCCCAGGUGGCAUUGAGGGGAUGAAGGGGGCUGCCUCGGGUGUGGUUGGAGACCUAGCACGUGCCCGGAUAGCGCUGGAUGAGAGAGGCCAGAAACUGGGUGAACUGGAUGAGAGGACAGCUGCCAUGAUGGCCAGCGCAGAUUCUUUUUCCAAACAUGCCCAUGAUAUGAUGCUGAAAUGCAAAGACAAAAAAUGGUACCAAUUCUGAUGAGCCACUGGGAAGGAGUGAAGCUCUGUGGUCACAAGUAUCUCACUGACCUUCCAUCAGCUCCUCUGGACUCACAGACUCCUCCCUCUCCACCAUCUGUCUGUCAGCUGUCCCUCUGAGCCUUCCUCAUUAAAAACAUCCGGGAGUUAGUCCCUAGCACAAUAGCGGAUCCUGUUCUUACCUCAGUGUGAAGCUGGAACUGAGGUGGAGACAGACAACCUCAGAGGAAAGUAAUAAGUAAAUGGUGACUUUUUUUGUUUGUGAUUUUGUUUAUGUAGAGCCUCCCUUGCAAGGUCUCGGAUUGAUCCAUGUACCUGAGGAGUCCUCUUUCUCAUUUGCCAAAACGUCCUUUUAUUGUUGUCUCCUCUGUAUACCUUCUUGGGCAAUAUUCAAACCAACAAAUUUGGCUGAAACAAGACUUUAUGUAUAAUCAAGUAAUGACGAGUUCAUGUAAGAAAAAAAUACAAAUCUAAAUAAACUGAUAUAUCUGUACAUAGAUCUAAUAAAUGUGCAAUGCUGUAUCCACUUGUAGACUUUUGUACCUUUGUGACAAAGAGGAAAGAAGGAGAUUUCUCAUUGCAGAGAUGGAAGAGAGACGAGCAGAGUCUAAGACAAUGUGUGCAGAGUCACAAAGAUUAAGGCUACUUUCUGAUGUAUGCUGUGUAUUUCAUCAUCUUACUCAAUCUCAAACUCUCCUCUGUAUCUUAGACUUUAAAACUGUUACAGAGUGCUUGUGUAUGAGAGACGGAGUGUAUGUCAUUCCUCUGUUAAAUAUUUGUUGGGGUUUCCUGCUCAAUAUUAUUCAAAUAUUUAUUUUUCUAAUGGUGCGAAAAUGGUGACUGACAUAAAUCACUUUGUUUUUAUGAAAAGGGCUGGGAUCUGUUAGAAGAGCAAGGGUAUACAUUCUUUUCCCCAUUUUUAUAUUGAUUUGGAUCUUAACAUUCGACCUGCUAUUGUGUUUGGUCAGUUGUUUCUUUGUUGUAACAAUGAUUCCCUUAAAACAAACCUUAGACUGUUUUUUUUUUUUUGUUUUUUUUUAGCAGCAGCAAAGUUUCCCAUAUUUUAGAAAGAUGCUUCUGUGGAUGAAAUGGCACAGCUGAAGAUUUAGGAUGAACACACAAAAACAAUGGAUUUUCUUUGCCAAAUUGAAAAGGCUUAUUUUUUUCAUUGGGUCUUCGGAGUCAUUGUUUGGAUUAAAUAAAUAAAAUAUGAACAAACAAAGUAUAAUAUAAAAGGUAUUAAUUUCACAAACAAUGGUCUCAGUUGUGCAUAAGGAAAUUGUAUUCAGCCAAAACAGCCUGGUACCUGUUUUUAUAUUGGUCUUCAGCUUGUUCAUAUACUGUCAUAAUUCAACUAAUGUGGUUGUGUUCAGUGUGGUUUAAAUCAACACUUGAGUGCAAUGACAGAAAUUAUAAUUUUUGCAUAUUCUACUCACUUGGAUCCUCAUUCCUGGUAUAUCAGGCAACCUGAUCAGUCACAGAAAAUAGAAAAGAAUAGAAUAUAAAAUCCCUUUAUUGUCCCGCAAUGGGGAAAUUCUGGCAAGUAAGCAAUAAACAAUACAAUUUUACAUUGGUGGCACCAUUUAAGAGGAAAUAAACAGGCUUUGCCACAGCAAGUGAGUAAUAGUCAAAAGGCAUUGUUACAAUAUAUAUACGGUACACACAUAUAUAUAUGUUUGCAAGAUUUUUAAGAGACACAUUUUGAAAUUAAUUCAUAUUUAUAGUUUUUCCAUAAACUUUGUGCCGUCUAUGUACUUAUUUAUUCACCAUGAUUUUUUAUUUGUUUUCUAGCUUAUUUUUGCUACAGUGUUUACAGUAAUAAGCCCCCUCCAUGUGAUGUCUCUCCGGUCUGUUACGCUUCUAACCUUUAUUUGUACAUAAGUAAAUAGUUUGACAAUCUUAGACCAGCUAGAAAGUAAACAUUAAGGUUGCACAAGAAAAAAAAAAAAAAGAGGAGACAGGCCAUAUUUUUUCUGACGCCAAAGAGUUGCUUUAGCUUGUCCAUUGUGUUUUUUUGUUGUUGUUUUUUUACCAUGCCUCUUGGAACCAGGCGCUACCACAAAGGUGGAUAAUCCAGGUUCUGGAAGUAAAAAACCUACCCUUUGUUCUGUUCUCUGAACCAGGUGAUUAGCCCCAGGUCUUUGUUGUAGAGCUGGAAAUGCAAACGGUUGAAACUAAUCUCUGUACAGGCUUUUUACUCUCUUGACCUGGGUUACCCACUUCUGCCCCCCCAGUUAUACAUGUGUAUUUCAAUAACUUGGAAAAUCAUUGAAAAGUUCAUUUAUUAUAGUCAUGCAAACAAAAUAAAAAUAUCAAAACAUGUGGACUAGGUUCAAUACAAAGUGCUAUGUACCCCAAAAUAUUAACUUUUUCUGUCUAGGACUUUAGAUUUCUCUCAGAUUCUUGAAUAAGUUUUGGAUUAGAAUCCUUUCAAUGUUGCUGUUACCCUUGUUGCUUGUGUACCUUUAUUUUUAAUAACAACCCUUUCCUUUGGAACACUGUCCUCUGUAAACAGCCAGCCUCUGUAGCAAUGACCUUUUGUGGCUUAUCCUCCAUAUGGAGGGUGUCUGUGGCAGCCUACAGUACAAUAUAACUGUCAUGUCAGAAGUCUUCCUUAUAGUUUUAUAGGCCAUAAAACAAUAUUUUUUUCUGUGUCAGCCUAUGAUAUAUCCUGAAGUUGUGAGAAAUGAAAUAAUAGUUUGUUCUUUUUCAAUUAGCCAAGUCCCAUGACCAUCAAAAUAACAGAUAUUAAACAUAUCACUGUAUGUGAUGAAUCAUAUUAGAUUGUGCUCCACCUUUAGAACUAAACUGUUAGAAUAAAUGAACUUUUCAAAAAGAUUAAAACUUAAUGAGAUGCAUGUGCGCCGUUGUGAUCCAUUGUACCUUUAUUCAUAGCAAGUGGAUAAAAGGCAUAAAUUAUAAUUGUGAAUUCUCUCCCCUCUGAUAUUUGUUGUUUGUUCCUUGAUGUUAAAAUCCAACACCAUUGAAAUGGCUGUAUAAUGUGUCAUGAUCUAGAGUUAAAUGUCUUGAGUGGACCAAGGUAUGAGUUAUGAUAUUGUUCCAGUCUAUCCAGAACCACAGUUCAAUUCACACAAAAUGUAUUGUAUUCAUAUAUAUAUAUAUAUAUAUAUAUAUAUAUAUAUAUAUAUAUAUAUAUAUAUAUAUAUAUAUAUAUGGAAGCAUAUUGGGAUGUCUGUACAUCUGUGUCCAUCUGAUUAACAUAUUAUUGAUGCUGGUGUCUCAUAGCUAAUGUCCAAGGCUCUCCCAGUUAAAAUAGUGCAUCCAUUUCAGUCUCAGAGUACAGUGAAAGCCAUCUACCCAGAAAUAUAUCUGUGAGAGGAUUGGUGCAUGAUGUCAAAAGUACUGUUUAAUCAACACCUUUUGUUUUCAAACAAAAGCCCUUCAAUUUUCAGAGUUUACUGUUUUGAAUGACCAUGGCAUCCCACAGCUAUAGUGGAAGUCUGGUCCUGUAUGUUCUGUAUGGAGUGUGAAUGCUCACAGAAAAAUAGCCUGUCUUUUCCUUUCUCCUAUUUCAGUUUGUAUUUUUAAUUUCUUCAGCCCAGCGUCAGUCAUUUUAUUAGGUUUUCAACCUGCUUAAGUGUUGUUUGUUAUGGUCUGCAGUAUUCUUACCUGGUUGAAUGCUUACAACUCAACAGUUUGAGGGACUAUUUCCACCUGCCAUCUUCUGUCCUGGAUUCAAAACUCAUCAGUGGGGUGCAGUAUUUUUCUCAUUGUAGCUGAUUUUCUUGUACAGUUUUAUGCAAAUUUCACAUGGAUGUUUUAAUGACUUUAUCUGCUGCCACAAAAUUUAGAAAUUCUGUAGAUAGAGAUUACUGUGCAAUGGAAAAUAAAAAGUAAGACAUG